AACCUUUAAAAAAUCAUUUUGGAGAAAGAUCAUGCCACAGAAGGUGUAGGCUGCUGGGCAUCUCAGAAUCUUGUACUCACGUUUCUGUAAGAACUGAGGUACUUACAUAGUAUUUUAAAUCAAUCCACAUAUCUUGAAGACCAUUCAUUUUGCCAGUGAAUUAUUUCUAACAUUGCUUAUACUAAUUAAUAUGCUUCAGUGAACGUGGAGAUCAUAGCAGUUGAAGUAAAUGCCUGUUGAUAUGUCUAAUGUUUUCGAAGCCCUUUUGUUGUGUGAAGAUCGUGCAGUUAGCAUGUCUGGCUAAGUAAAUAUAAUCAAUGAUAAUGCUGACGAUGAGGACACAGGCACAAGACUUCUGAACAAUAUGUAAUAUAAACUAUACAGUAAGUCCCCUACAUACGAACGAGGUCUGUUCUGAGAACAUGUUUGUAAGUCCAAUUUGUUCGUAAGUCCAACAAAGUUAGCCCAGGUACCCAACUAACAUAAUCGGCUAUAGAGUACUGUAAUAGGUUUAUAAUACUUUCACACAAAUAACACAUAAAAAAACCAAAAAAUAAAACAUUUGAAACCUUAUAGUACAGUAUCUUGAAAAGUACAGUAGUACAGUACAACAGCUGGUAUUCAGGGGUUGGCAUCGAGUGAACAGGCAAGAAGAGUUACUGCCUGCGGGAGGGAGAGGAGGGGGGAGAUGGUAGAGCUGAAGGAUCGUCAGCAAUAGGCGAUGGAGGGCAAGCUGCAAUUUCACUGACGCCUGACGUUGAUGGAAUGCACGUUCGCAUCUUUGAAAGUUCGCCACCUGAAGGUUGGUAUACAGGGGACUUACUGUAAGUUUAAAUAAGAGUUAACAAAGGAGUUUAAUGAAGGAGGAAGUUAAAGGAAGUUACAGAAGUUGCCAACGCCGUCGAAAGAAGUUUCUGUUACUUUACGAGUUCUUGGAGGUGCUACAACAGCUUUGCCAGGCACGCAUCCCUAAGUCUAAGCCCAAUUCCUAUUUGCCGCCCAGUCACCUGGUGAGGACUACAGCUCCCAGAAGGCAACGCUCCGCUCCCUUGACUCCGGCUUCCUUAGCCGGCCGGGAGUUGUAGUUUACAAGAGAGCGCCUUGAAACCGAGUUUUACGCACUCGUCAACAUAGACUGGGCGGAACAGGCCUCUCCUCCAUCCGGAUUCUCCUGUUUUCCGCAGGCUUCCGAUUCAUUAGCCUAAUCUUUGUGCUUGGCUGGACGGGAAUCCGUGGCAGGUCGGCCGGCGAGGCGCUCUAGGCCGAGCGGCUUUCGUCUCUAUGACCCCAGGAGGCUGUCCCGGGUGUCCUGCGCAGCGCGCGCGAAGGGGGCGCGCGUCAGUUCCGCGCGGUGCUGUCGGGGAACCAUGGCUCCCCUGAGAGAAAAUGUCCAUUUAUUAUUCAAGUUAUACUGCUUGGCAGUGAUGACCCUGGUGGCUGCAACUUAUACCAUAGCUUUAAGAUACACAAGGACAUCAGACAAAGAACUCUACUUUUCAACCACAGCCGUGUGUAUCACAGAAGUUAUAAAGUUAUUACUAAGUGUGGGAAUUUUAGCUAAAGAAACUGGUAAUCUGGGUAGAUUCAAGGCAUCUUUAAGAGAAAAUGUCUUGGGGAGCCCCAAGGAACUGAUGAAGUUGAGCGUGCCUUCCUUAGUGUAUGCUGUGCAGAACAACAUGGCUUUCCUGGCUCUCAGCAAUCUGGAUGCAGCAGUGUACCAGGUGACGUACCAGUUGAAGAUUCCUUGUACUGCUCUAUGUACUGUUUUAAUGUUAAACAGGACGCUCAGCAGGUUACAGUGGAUUUCAGUUUUUAUGCUGUGUGGAGGAGUCGUCCUCGUACAGUGGAGACCAGCCCAGGCCACGGGAGUCGUGGUGGAACAGAAUCCAUUAUUAGGGUUUGGUGCUAUAGCUGUUGCUGUAUUGUGCUCAGGAUUUGCAGGAGUGUAUUUUGAAAAAGUUUUAAAGAGUUCAGACACUUCCCUUUGGGUGAGAAACAUUCAAAUGUAUCUAUCAGGGAUUGUUGUGACAUUAGUUGGCGUCUACUUGUCAGACGGAGCUGAAAUUAAAGAAAAAGGAUUUUUCUAUGGUUACACAUAUUAUGUCUGGCUUGUCAUCUUUCUUGCUAGUGUUGGAGGCCUCUACACUUCUGUUGUGGUCAAGUACACAGACAACAUCAUGAAAGGCUUUUCUGCAGCAGCGGCCAUUGUCCUUUCUACCAUUGCUUCAGUGAUGCUGUUUGGAUUACAGAUAACACUCACGUUUGCUCUGGGCACUCUGCUUGUGUGCGUUUCUAUAUAUCUCUAUGGGUUACCCAGACAAGACACCACAUCCAUCCAACAAGGAGAGCCAGCUUCAAAAGAGAGAGUCAGUGGUGUGUGAUUUUAGCCUCAAAAGAGAUUCCUACAGAGACUAAACCAUUUGCAUUAAACUAGAGCCUUAAGUCAAUCCCAGAAGGUAGCUUAAAAAAACAAAAACUGUGUUGCAUAAGCAUUAAGAAGAAAGCUAUGUGAGUGUAUUGCUACAGAGAUUUAACGUGGCCUGUUUGGAAUCAACCUGUUUUGUUUUAGAAUGAAGGAUUUUUAUUAUUGUAUAUAUAAUGUACAUAUAAAGUAUGGAGAUGAUGUGGUAUUAAAAAAAUUAUGCAAGGCUACAAUAUUUAAUUAACAAGGUUUGGGAUUAUGUUAAGGGUUAAAGUGCCAAAGCCAUUUCUGUACUAACUGUUCUCUUGUGCAGGUACCAGGGGAGAAGGGUGACCCGUCCUUAUUCUCCAAUGCAUGUACAGUAUUUGGUCCCAGCAGCAGUAAAGACCUAGCUCUUUUCUUACAAAAGAGAGGCAAAAACAAGACAGGCUAGUUCAGAAACACACUGAAUAUAUAACUUCUCAAACUGAAUCUAUCUCAUAACUCAGUGAUUUCUGGGCGGUGGCUGAGUCCUCCUUUGAAGUGCUGUAUUUGUGCCAUUCAUUGUCUGGAUUCACAUUUCUUUGCUCUUAGAUGAUAUACUUUUCUUCAAAAAUAUUUCUAAUGUCACUUUUGUACUUUUUUUUAUGAAGUAUGUUUAACUGUUGAGCUCAAUAAUUUGUGAAAUUUCAGUGUUUUUAAAAAAAGUUUCUAUAAUGUUAUGGGAAAAUUCAGCAAUAAACUUAAUUUAUUUAUAUGAAA